AUGGCUUGGCCCUGGCAGGCCCUGCAGCUCCCACUGGCCAUUCUGGUGGUGCUUGUGGCCUUCAGUGACCAAUUCAGGAGGAGAACCUUCAUCAGCAUGAAUGAGGAGACAGCAGUGAGCCAGUUGGUGCCCCAGACCUUGUACUACCUCAAUGACCAGUACAACCAGGAGAGUGAGGACACAUACAGCUUGCGGAUAUUUCGGGUGCUCCGGGUACAGAGGCGGGUGACCGACCACCUGGAAUAUCGCAUCCAGGUGGAGAUGUGGAGAACCAGGUGCCUGAAGCCAAAGUUCAGCAACUGUGCCCCUCAGGAGGGGGUGCAGUACAAGCAAAUAGAAUGCUACUUCUCCGUGUAUGUGAACCCCUGGGCUGAAAAGUACAAGAUCUUGAAGAAGUACUGCGAGGACAGCAACUUCCCUGUGGCUGCUUCCAGGGAGGAUCCCAGAACCCCCAGUGCACAGUAA